AUGACCUCACACAAAAAUCCAUUAUUCCUCUUUCUAGUGCUAUCCACUCUCCUCAUACAAACCACCCUAUCCCAAUUCCAUACCUCCGCUAUUAUUACUACCGACACCGAGUCCUAUGGCCCUGCCAUCACCACCACAAUCCCCAAUAGCACCAAUGACUCCGAAGACAUCAACAACCCCGAAGACCUCACCGACCUCGACCUCGACACCGGAAUCUCCCCCGUGUCUCCCCUAACAGCCGGUCCCGUCACAUGCCACAGCGUCUGCAACGAGCAAAACAAAUGCAAAUGCAAAGUGAAUAAUCGCAUCCUCGUCUGCAACUGUAAAGGUCGGUAUAGUCGAUGUGGAUGUCGGACUUGGAUUCCUCCUACUCGAGAUCCUAUCACGGUUCCGGAGGGGGAAGAGGUUGAGGUUGAGGCCAUCCCUGUCCCUGAUACUCCGCCCGAGGGAGAUACGGGCAAGGAACUAGAUGUGCGUGAUGAUAUCCCAUCCGAUGGAGAUGGAGAUGGUGACGGUGAUGAUUCGGUAUCUGGUCGGGAAAUCUGUUCCGGUCACUGUAACAAACACAAGCGGUGUACAUGUGGAUCUUCCCAUCACAAAACUCACUGUGGAUGUCAUGAUGUGGGUAAAGAGUGCAGGUGUCUUGUUGGUAGGGGCGGGACUGCAUCCGAUGAUUCUGACACGGAUACGACGAUGGCCAAUAAUGGUGAUGAGAUAGUUGUGAAGAACUAUGAACAGAAAGAUGAGGAGAAUAACCAGGAACGAGGUAUCUCGGUGGUUGACCAUGUGUUGGUGCCUAGACGCGAGAGGUGUUCUGGGAUCUGUGAUGCCAAGUAUGGAUGUUUCUGCAAGGCGAAGAAUGGUCGUGCGCAUUGCCGGUGUUAUAAUGCGGGGCAGGAGUGUCAGUGUAGAGUGCCGUGGCGGCGGGAUGAUGGUGAUGAUACUGGUAUGGAGGAUCCUGAUGUGGAUGAUACUGGUGCAGAUGAUGUUGGCGCAGAAGACGCUCUCGACGAUGAUACAGGUGCCGAUGACACUAUUGAUGAUGCGGGUGCAGAUGAUACUGAUGCGGAGGACACUUUCGCAGAGGACACUGCCAAUGACAAUCUUGCAGACGACAGUCUCACUGACGACAGUGAUGUCCCCCCCGAAAACAUCGGAACAAUCAACUCCAUCAACGGCAUCAUCUACAGCCGGGACAUGACUCCAGCCGAUGUGCUCGGAAUCUCCGAAGAAAACCAACCCAAAAUCUGUCACGGCAUGAUGUGUAACAAGAAAAAUACGUGCUGGUUCUGCCUCUGCCUAGUUGACAUAUGA